CUAGCUCUAUUGCCGCAAUGGUUGCAGCAUUGCUAAUCCAGCUGUAGACCUCAUCUGUGUCGGUUUGCAGUGCACACACUCGUCGUCUUGAAUGCACUGGUUAUAGUAACAGGUUUGAUGGGAGUGGUUAGAAUUUUAAGGUUACCAAGAAUGAUUACCUGUGAACCAGCGAGCGGGAGUUUGAAUGUGAAGAGGAAAAUAUGUCACAAAUUUGUUGUCAUUGCCAAGACUGGAGAAAGUCACUGAGGGACCUGCGGUUGUCGGAUAAGGUCUGCCAUAGAGCAUCUUUACUAAGAUAUCCACAGCUUUGAUGCAGCACAGUGUUGAAAUAAAUCCAAGAUGACGGACGAGGUGAUUGUCAUCGCCAAGUUUGAUUACAUGGCCCAGCAGGACCAGGAGCUGGACAUUAAGAAGAACGAGCGUCUCUGGCUCCUGGACGACUCCAAGUCCUGGUGGAGAGUACGAAACGCUACCAACAAGACGGGCUUCGUGCCAUCUAACUACGUCGAACGAAAGAACAGCGCAAGGAAAGCCUCAAUCGUCAAGAAUCUCAAAGACACUUUAGGAAUUGGCAAGGUGAAACGGAAGACGGGCAUGCGUGAAACGGCCUCCAAUAUGGACUCUGACCUCUACCCGGACAAUGGUGAACGUCUGUAUGACCUAAACCUUCCUGCGCUAGUCAAAUUCAGCUACACGGCAGAGAGGGAAGAUGAGUUGUCAUUGGUUAAGGGCACAAGGGUCAUUGUAAUGGAGAAGUGCAGUGAUGGCUGGUGGAGAGGGAGCUACAAUGGCCAUUCGGGAUGGUUUCCAUCCAACUACGUGACGGAGGAUGCAGAUGGAUCGGCGAGCAACGACUGUGGCUUGUCGGAGAAAUUGGCUGCUGUUGUUCAUAGUGCGAACGGCAAUCAGGUGCUACACACAGUACAGGCACUCUACCCGUUCAGCUCGGGCAACGAUGAAGAGCUGAACUUUGAGAAGGGGGAGGUUAUGGAUGUUGUGGAGAAGCCCGAAAAUGACCCAGAGUGGUGGAAGUGUCGCAAAGCCGAUGGGCAGAUGGGACUUGUGCCUAAGAACUACGUGACUGUUCUGCAGGAGUCGCACAACUCAGCCAGCCUGGCCGGGCCGCCCACACCUGACUGUGACUACAUUGAGCCUUCAUCCAGUGGACGCUUCGCUGGCAAGCAGUGGUACUAUGGGAAGGUGACACGUCAUCAGGCAGAGGUGGCACUCAACCAGAGGGGCACAGAGGGAGACUUUCUUAUCCGGGACAGUGAGUCCUCACCCAAUGACUUUUCAAUAUCACUGAAAGCUCAGUCCAAAAACAAGCAUUUCAAAGUCCAGCUAAAGGACAACCUCUACUGCAUCGGACAACGCAAGUUUAACUCAAUGGAGGAGUUGGUGGAACACUACAAAAAGGCACCCAUCUUCACCAGCGAACAGGGCGACAAACUCUACCUGGUCAAGGCUCUGGCUGCCUCCUGAUCCAAGUAAAAAGAAUAUCCAGUGACUACACUUCCAGACAGACGGACGGACUGGGAAUAUCAAGCAUUCCAAGAAUGGGAGGUACAGGGAGAGAUGGACAAUGGACUCCCGUUCAUACGCUCGGAAACUUGCUCAUAUUUCAUUGCGGCACACACCCAAUGCAUCAAAAUACAGUAUGUUUAGACCAUAGAUGAUGCAGUGUAUUUUGAUGUCAACAUGUAUUAGAAUUACAACCUAUGUCUUCUUUUGUUAAUAUAUAUUCUUUUUUCUUUGAUUUUAAAAAUGUAUUUUUUAUUUGUUCUUUAACUUCCCUGCCAAUUUUUUAACAGUCCUUUCAAGUUUCUGCUGUUUAAGUCCUGACUGCAGAAGAACUUUGCUCAACAUGUUUCAAAGGUCUCACAUACUGUCUGUUACUGCCUGCAUUGCCUGAACCACAUUGAACUGUUGAAAUUGACGUAAUCUGCUAUAUUUAUUAGGAAUCAAUAUUUCUGCAAAAUGCUCCAACAAUAAAAGUGAGUGACGAAAACCAA